AUGGGUGCUGUUGCCAUAAACCUAAUAGGUCUAUGUGAUGCUGAGAAGACACGUAUAGAGAACAGCAAUGACAAAUGGGCGGAAGAUGAAGCCAAGCGAUUCACAACUUCACGUAACUAUGUUUGUAAACAGGAGGGCGAUGUAUACACAAUGGAGAGAAAGACAGGUGAUGGAACAAACGUUUGUGUCAAGUUCAAUAGUAGCGAGCAAAGUCAGGAGUAUACACAUCUAUUGGAUAGUCUGAUAGAGGACAGACAAACAGGACAAUACUAUCCAUUUGAUUAUCACUUUGAUGUUACUAUUAGCCGUGGACAAUCGUCGGUAAUCACAUUCGGUUGUUAUGCAAGCAGUAGUAGGAAUGAUGACGAUGCUGAUGAGUACUCGAUUGUAUCGUUCAAUCAUGGCACUCCCAACACACUUGCACAGCCAGUCAACAUUAUGAUGCGUAGCAAUGCAUUCCAGAGCAACAUCAAACAACUACUUGAGCAACAAUAUGGCAUCGACAAACAACUGACUAAAUUCAUGUACAAUCACAUUCAAAUGGCAAUGCGCAAGGAUCAAGAUGCUUCGUUCGAUGCUCUCAAGGCUGUCCUCGUCUAA